GGGGAGUCGCUCCCUUUUUUCGCAAUAAAGAUCUUUGACAUAAGCGCUUCCGCAGCCGACAGAGUCCCGUUUCUCUUUAGGGUCGGGGUCUCCGAGUCUCCCAAAAUGGCCGGCAAUCGGGAUUACGCUAAAGAGCAGCUGAAGCGCUGGCAAGAGCAGCGGGGCUCGCAGGAAGCUGAGUCCUUAACCACAGGAGCUGGAAUCCCAGUGGGAGACAAGCUGAAUGUCCUGACCGUUGGUCCAAGAGGCCCACUCCUGGUUCAGGAUGCGGUUUUCACGGAUGAGGUGACACACUUUGACCGAGAAAGGAUUCCUGAGAGAGUUGUCCAUGCCAAAGGAGCUGGAGCAUUUGGCUUUUUUGAAGUGACUCAUGAUAUCACCAAAUUCUGCAAGGCAAAGGUAUUUGAGCACAUAGGCAAAAGAACUCCAAUGGCUAUUCGAUUUUCAACUGUUGCUGGAGAAGCAGGCUCAGCUGACACAGUGCGUGAUCCCCGAGGCUUUGCAAUGAAAUUCUACGGUGAAGAUGGAAAUUGGGAUCUUGUAGGAAACAACACUCCCAUCUUCUUCAUUAGAGAUCCAAUUCUGUUUCCAUCUUUUAUCCAUAGUCAAAAGAGGAAUCCACAGACACAUCUGAAAGAUGCAGACAUGGUAUGGGACUUCUGGAGUCUUCGCCCUGAAUCUUUGCACCAGGUAUCAUUCCUGUUCAGUGGUCGUGGCAUUCCAGAUGGGCACCGUCACAUGAAUGGCUAUGGAUCACAUACUUUUAAGCUAGUCAAUGCUUAUGGAAAUGCAGUAUACUGCAAAUUUCAUGCAAAGACUGAUCAAGGAAUUAAAAACAUGCCUGUCAAAGACGCAGAAAGACUGGCUUCUGAAGAUCCGGAUUAUGGCCUACGUGAUCUUUACAAUGCAAUUGCUAAUGGAAACUUCCCCUCUUGGACUUUCUAUAUUCAAGUUAUGACAUUUGAACAAGCUGAGAAGUUUCCAUUUAAUCCUUUUGAUGUAACAAAGGUUUGGCCUCAUAAAGAUUAUCCUCUCAUUCCUGUGGGAAAAAUUGUCUUAAAUCGAAAUCCCGUCAAUUAUUUUGCUGAAGUGGAACAAUUGGCCUUUGACCCAAGCAACAUGCCUCCAGGCAUUGAACCUAGCCCUGAUAAAAUGUUACAGGGUCGUCUUUUCUCAUAUCCGGAUACCCACAGACACCGCCUGGGACCGAACUACCUGCAAAUUCCUGUAAAUUGUCCAUAUCGAGCUAGAGUGGCCCACUACCAGAGAGAUGGGUUUAUGUGCAUAACUGAUAACCAGGGUGGUGCCCCAAACUAUUACCCAAAUAGCUUUACUGGCCCUGAGGAACAACCUGCUUUGAAGGAGUGCCGUUCAACUACCUCAGGCGAUGUACAACGCUUUAAUAGCUCAGUUGAGGAUAACGUCUCUCAAGUACGGGACUUCUUUGUCAAAGUACUGAAUGAGGAAGAGCGCAUGAGGCUUUGUGAGAACAUUGCCAACCAUCUUAAGGAUGCUCAGAUUUUCAUCCAGAAGAAAGCUGUAA